AUGAAGUCAAUGCGAUAGUGAUUGACGUCGGGUCAGGGAGCACGCGUGUGGGUUAUGCGGGAGACGACACGCCUAAGGCAGUGUACCCCUCCUGCGUGGGGAGUGUUAUCGUCAAUGGCCAGGACGGGGACAGCAUCAACAAUGGAGAGACAGAGAAGAAGACUUUCGUGGGUCUGUCAGCCCUUGGUUACAGAAGAGAUGGCAUGGAGAUAUUGGCACCUGUUUCACGUGAAGGCUACUAUGAGCAAUGGGACCUCAUAGAAGCCCUGUGGGAUCAUGCUUUCAGGGAGCGACUGCGGUUGAACCCUGAGGAGCAUCCCAUGCUGGUCUGCGAGCCCACAGUCACACCCACCAACUUAAGAGAAAAACUGGUGGAGCUGGUGUUUGAGAAGUACUCGCCACCGGCAACAUUCCUGGCCAGAAAUGCUGUACUGAGCUCCUUUGCAACAGGGAGGCAAACUUCGGUAGUUGUCGAUAGUGGGCACCAAGGGACAACAGUUGCUGCCAUCCACGAAGGAUAUGCACUCUUAAAGAGCAUCACGUGGACUCCGUUGGGGGGCAAGCUGCUCACAGAGUGCAUGCUCCAGUGCGUGGAUCCAGAUAGAAGUUUGAUCAGGCCCCGUUACUCCUUCAAGCGAGUGGAGACUUCGCAAGGACAAUUUGAGGUUGUGGAUCGGAAUUUCCCCAAAACCACUCAGAGCUACCGAAAGUAUUGCAUCGAUCAAAUCGCUACAGACAUCAAGGAGUCAGUCUGCCGCGUGUCAGAUUCUACUUUUGUUGAAGGCGACAACACCAACAUUCCAACAGUAACAUAUGAGCUCCCAGACGGGCAGGAAAUCCAAGUCGGUCUGCACCGAUUCAAGGUUCCAGAGGUUCUCUUUCAGCCAGAGCUGAUCAAGACGUUUGGUGGAAUGCCUGAUGUCUGCCUUCCAGAUGGCUCUGAAUUGUCCAAUCUGCCAAGUGUCGUGGCAGAAUGCAUCAACAAAUGCGAUGUAGACAUUCGCAGGGAGCUCUACACUGGAAUCAUAUUGACAGGUGGUACCUCUCUCUUUUCCCAAAUGCGUGAGCGCCUAGAGAAGGAGCUCAUUGACAUAGCCCCACAGGCCGUGAGAGUGAAGACCAUUUCUCCAGUGAACACAAUAGAAAGACGGUUCAGCGUGUGGAUAGGUGGUUCUAUCCUUGCGUCUUUAGGUUCCUUCCAGCAAAUGUGGAUGUCGAAAAUGGAAUAUGAGGAGCACGGGGCAAGUUUGAUCCACAGGAGAGCUCCGUGA